GCCCCCCCCGGUGUCGCAGCAGAGCCCCCCCAGCAGGGCCCCCUCCCCUCCCCGGCGGGGUUUGGGGUGCCGGGGGGGGGGGGGUCUCACGCCGCGGCCCCCCCAGGUCCGGGACGACAACCGGCGGCUGCACCCCUGCCUGGUGGGCUUCCAGAGCCUGCCCGAGCCCGAGCGCAGCUACAACCUCCAGAUGUCGGGGGAGACCCUCAAGACCCUGCUGGCGCUGGGCUGCCACGUGGGCAUGGCCGACGAGAAAGCCGAGGAGAACCUCAAAAAGGUCAAACUCCCCAAAACGUACACGAUGGCCAACGGGUACAAGCCGGCGCCGCUGGACCUGGCGCACGUGCGGCUGACGCCGGCGCAGCUGGCGCUGGUCGAUCGCCUCGCCGAGAACGGGCACAACGUGUGGGCGCGCGACCGCGUCCAGCAGGGCUGGACCUACAGCACCGUCCAGGACAUCAAGCGCAAGCGCAACCCCCGCCUGGUGCCCUACCACCUGCUGGACGAGCGCACCAAGCGCGCCAACCGCGAGAGCCUGGGCCAGGCCGUGCGCACCCUGCUGGGGCACGGCUACAACGUGGAGCCCCCCGACCCCGAGAGCCCCGCCCAGGGGGUGCCGCGGGGCCGGGGGGACAGGGCCCGCAUCUUCCGCGCCGAGCGGGGCUACGCGGUGCGCGCCGGCAAGUGGUACUUCGAGUUCGAGGCCGUCACCACCGGGGAGAUGCGGGUGGGCUGGGCGCGCCCCCACCUGCGCCCCGACGUCGAGCUGGGCGCCGACGACCUCGCCUACGUCUUCAACGGGCACCGGGCGCAGCGCUGGCACGUGGGCAGCGAGCCCUUCGGCCGCACGUGGCAGGCGGGGGACGUGGUGGGCUGCAUGAUCGACCUGGCCGAGAGCCACAUCACCUUCACCCUCAACGGGGAGGUCCUCAUCAGCGACGCCGGCUCCGAGCUGGCCUUCAAGGACUUCGACGUGGGCGAGGGCUUCGUGCCCGUGUGCAGCCUGGGGCUGGAGCAGGAGGGGCGGCUCAACCUGGGCCAGGAGGUGGGCAGCCUGCGCUUCUUCAGCAUCUGCGGGCUGCAGGAGGGCUACGAGCCCUUCGCCAUCAACAUGAAGCGGCCCAUCGCCCUCUGGUUCAGCAAGAGCCUCCCCCAGUUCGUACCGGUGCCCCCCGACCACCCCCAGCUGGAGGUGACGCGGAUGGACGGGACGGUGGAGACCCCGCCGUGCCUGCGGCUGGCCCACCGCGCCCCCGGCUCCCCGGCCGCGCCGCCCGAGCUCCUCUUCCUCCGCCUCAGCCUCCCCGUCCAAUUCCACCCCCGCUUCCGCUGCACCCCCGGGGCCACCCCCCUGCCCCAGGCGCCCCCCGAGCCCCCCGAGGACGCCAGCCUCGAGCCCCUCUCCGAAUUCGAGCGCCUCCGUCGCUCGGCCGGGCCCCGGCACCCCGAGGGCGAGGGCGAGGGCGAGAAGGGGCCCGGGGGGACUCCCCCCACCCCGGCCCCCCGGGACCAGCCCCGUGCCGAGAACGAGAAGGAUGCGACCACCGAGAAGGGCAAGACCCGGAGGGGGUUUCUGUUCAAGGCCAGGAAGACCCCCUUCGCGCCCCCCCCCGCCGUACCCACCGUCCCCCGCCUCGAGGAGGACGUGGUCCCCGACGAGCGCGACGACCCCGAGGUCAUCAUGAACACCACCACGUACUACUACUCGGUGCGGAUCUUCGCGGGGCAGGAGCCCUCCAGCGUCUGGGUGGGCUGGGUGACCCCCGACUUCCACCAGCACGACCCCGCCUUCGACCUGUCCCGUGUCCGCACCGUCACCGUCACCAUGGGCGAUGACAAGGGCAACGUGCACGACAGCAUCAAGCGCAGCAACUGCUACAUGGUGUGGGGGGGGGAGUUCGCCAGCAGCGCGCAGCAGGCGCGCGUCACCCACGCCGACCUGGUCAUCGGCUGCCUGGUGGACCUGGCCACCGGCCUCAUGACCUUCACCGCCGACGGCAAGGAGAUCAACACCUUCUUCCAGGUGGAGCCCAACACGAAGCUCUUCCCGGCCGUCUUCGCCCUCCCGACCAGCCAGAACGUCGUCCAGUUUGAGCUGGGCAAGCUCAAGAACAUCAUGCCCAUCUCGGCCGCCAUGUUCAGCAGCGAGCGGAGGAACGCGGAGCCGCAGUGCCCGCCGCGGCUGCUCAUCCAGCUCCUGACGCCCGUCACCUGGAGCCGCGUGCCCACCCAGGCCCUGGCCGUGGAGACCACCCGCCUGGGCGAGCGGCAGGGCUGGCUGGUGGAGUGCGCCGAGCCCCUCGUCAUGAUGGCCCUCCACAUCCCCGAGGAGAACAGGUGCAUCGACAUCAUGGAGCUGUCGGAGCAGCUGGAGCUGCUGCGCUUCCAGUGGCACACGCUGAAGCUCUACUGCGCCGUGUGCGCCCUGGGCAACAACCGCGUGGCCCACGCGCUCUGCAGCCACGUCGACCAGGCGCAGCUGCUCUUCGCCAUCGAGAGCCCCGAGCUGCCGGGGCCGCUGCGCGCCGGCUACUACGACCUGCUGCUGGCCAUGCACCUCGACGCCGCCCAGCGCGCCCGCGCCUCCAUGAGCGCCGAGUUCAUCAUCCCCAUGACCGAGGCCACCAAGAGCAUCACCCUCUUCCCCGGCGGCGGGCGAGCGCCCGGACCCCCCGGCGUAGGCCCCAGCGCCUGUUUGCGACCCCAGCCCCAUUUCGCCGAGCCUUGCUUCGUCCUGGCGGCCGGCGGCGGGCGGGCGCCGCUCAGCCCCGGCAUCCCGCUGGGGGCUCUGGGGGCCCGCGCCAUCCGCAUGCUGGCCGAGGCGGUGGCCGGGGGGGGCCCCCACGCGCGGGACCCCGUGGGGGGCAGCGUGGAGUUCCAGCUGGUGCCGGUGCUGAAGCUGGUGUCGGCGCUGCUGGCCGUGGGCGCGCUGGGCGACGACGACGUGCGCCGCGUCCUCCGCAUGAUCGAGCCCAGGGUCUUCGGGGAGCCCCGGCGGAGCCCCCCGGCCGAAGGCGGCGGCGGGGAGGAGGGGGAGGAGGAGGAGGAGGCGCGGAAGAAGGCCAUCGAGGCGGGGGAGAUGGAGGAGGAGGAGAAGGAGGAGGAGGAGGAGGAGGAGGAGGAAGGGCUGGAGGAGGGGCUGCUGCAGAUGAAGCUGCCUGAGUCGGUCAAGCUGCAGAUGUGCAACCUGCUGCAGCACUUCUGCGAGCGGGAGCUGCAGCACCGCGUCGAGGCCAUCGUGGCCUUCUCGGAGCGGCACGUGGAGCGGCUGCAGCGCGACCAGCGGCGACGCUACGCCCGGCUCAUGCGGGCGCUCACCAUGUCGGCGGCCGAGACCGCCCGGCGCACCCGCGAGUUCCGCUCGCCCCCCCAGGAGCAGAUCAACAUGCUGCUGCAGUACAAGGGGGGGGCGGACGAGGAGGAGUGCCCGGUGCCCGAGGACAUCCGCGACGAGCUCCUCGACUUCCACAACGACCUGCUGGCCCACUGCGGCAUCGAGCUGGCGGGCGAGGAGGAGGAGGAGGCGGAGGAGACGUCCCUGCGGCAGCGGCUGCUGGGGCUGGUGCAGAAGGUGGUGGGGCUCCGCGGGACGGCGGCGCAGGAGGAGGCACCCCCCGAGGAGCCCCCGGUGCCCAGCACGCUGCAGGAGCUCAUCUCGCAGACGAUGGUGCACUGGGCGCAGGAGUCCUACAUCCAGAGCCCCGAGCUGGUGCGGGCCAUGUUCAGCCUCCUGCACCGGCAGUACGACGGGCUGGGGGAGCUGGUGCGCGCCCUCCCCAAGGCCUACACCAUCAGCGCCCACUCCGUCCCCGACACCACGGCGCUGCUCGAGUGCCUGGGCCAGAUCCGCUCCCUCCUCAUCGUCCAGAUGGGCCCCGAGGAGGAGAACCUCAUGAUACAGAGCAUCGGGAACAUCAUGAACAACAAGGUGUUCUACCAGCACCCCAACCUGAUGCGGGCGCUGGGGAUGCACGAGACCGUCAUGCAGGUGAUGGUCAGCGUGCUGGGCGGCGGCGAGUCCAAGGAGAUCCGCUUCCCCAAGAUGGUGACCAACUGCUGCCGCUUCCUCUGCUACUUCUGCCGCAUCAGCCGGCAGAACCAGCGCUCCAUGUUCGACCACCUCGGCUACCUGCUGGAGAACAGCAGCAUCGGCCUGGGCAUGCGGGGCUCGACCCCCCUGGACGUGGCGGCCGCCUCCGUCAUCGACAACAACGAGCUGGCGCUGGCCCUGAAGGAGCAGGACCUGGAGAAGGUGGUGACGUACCUGGCGAGCUGCGGGCUGCAGAGCUGCCCCAUGCUGCUCUCCAAGGGGUACCCCGACAUCGGCUGGAACCCCUGCGGGGGCGAGCGCUACCUCGACUUCCUCCGCUUCGCCGUCUUCGUCAACGGGGAGAGCGUGGAGGAGAACGCCAACGUGGUGGUGCGGCUGCUGAUCCGGCGGCCCGAGUGCUUCGGGCCGGCGCUGCGGGGCGAGGGGGGCAGCGGGCUGCUGGCCGCCAUCCAGGACGCCCUGCACAUCGCCCAGGACCCCGCGCGCGACGGGCCCACCGCCCGCAGGGAGCGGCGCCGGGAGCCGUUCGGGGCCGAGGAGCCGCCCGAGGAGAACCGGGUGCAUUUGGGCAACGCCAUCAUGUCCUUCUCUAACGCCGCCCUCAUCGACCUGCUGGCCGCGCCCCCCGAGAUGCACCUGAUCCAGGCGGGCAAGGGGGAGGCGCUGCGGAUCCGGGCCAUCCUCCGCUCCCUCGUGCCCCUGGAGGACCUGGUGGGCAUCAUCAGCCUCCCCCUGCAGAUCCCCACCCCUCGGCAAAGGUGGGGCUCGUGGGGGGCGCGGGACGGCAGCGUGGUGGAGCCGCGCAUGGCGGCCAGCUUCGUGCCCGAGCACAAGGCGCCCAUGGUGCUGUUCCUCGACCGCGUCUACGGCGUGGAGAGCCAGGAGUUCCUGCUGCGCGUGCUGGAGGUGGGCUUCCUGCCCGACAUGCGCGCCGCCGCCUCGCUCGACACGGCCGCGUUCAGCACGACGGAGAUGGCGCUGGCGCUGAACCGGUACCUGUGCACGGCGGUGCUGCCGCUCAUCACCAAGUGCGCGCCGCUCUUCGCCGGCACCGAGCACCGCGCCAUCAUGGUGGACUCGAUGCUUCACACCAUCUACCGCCUGUCCCGCGGGCGCUCGCUCACCAAGGCCCAGCGCGACGGCAUCGAGGAGUGCCUCAUGGCCCUCUGCCGGUACAUCCGCCCGUCCAUGCUGCAGCACCUCCUCCGCCGCCUGGUCUUCGACGUCCCCAUCCUCAACGAGUUCGCCAAGAUGCCCCUCAAGCUGCUGACCAACCACUACGAGCGGUGCUGGAAGUACUACUGCCUGCCGAGCGGGUGGCCCAACCAGGGCGUCAGCUCCGAGGAGGAGCUGCACCUCACCCGCAAGCUCUUCUGGGGCAUCUUCGAGUCCCUGGCGCACAAGCGCUUCGAGGCCGAGCUGUACAAGCUGGCCAUGCCGUGCCUGUGCGCCAUCGCCGGCGCCCUGCCCCCCGACUACGUGGACGCCAGCUACUCCUCCAAGACGGAGAAGAAGGCGUCCGUCGACGCCGAGGGCAACUUCGACCCCAAACCCGUGGAGACCCUCAAUGUCAUCAUCCCCGAGAAGCUGGACGGCUUCAUCAACAAGUACGCGGAGUACACCCACGAGAAGUGGGCUUUUGACAAGAUCCAGAACAACUGGACCUUCGGGGAGGCGGUGGACGAAGAGGCCAAGACCCACCCGAUGCUGCGCCCCUACAAGACCUUCUCGGAGAAGGACAAGGAGAUCUACCGGUGGCCCAUCAAGGAGUCGCUGAAGGCGAUGCUGGCGUGGGAGUGGGUGCUGGAGAAGGCGCGCGACGGCGACGACCGCCCCGACAAGAAGAAGCCCCGCAAGAUCUCCCAGUCCGCCCAGGCCACCUACGACCCCAGCCACGGCUACAGCCCCCAGCCCGUGGACCUGUCGGGGGUGACGCUGUCCCGGGAGCUGCAGGCCAUGGCGGAGCAGUUGGCCGAGAACUACCACAACACCUGGGGACGCAAGAAGAAGCAGGAGCUGGAGGCCAAGGGGGGGGGGUCGCACCCCCUGCUCGUGCCCUACGACACGCUGACGGCCAAGGAGAAGGCGCGGGACCGCGAGAAGGCGCAGGAGCUCCUCAAGUUCCUGCAGCUCAACGGCUACGCCGUCACCCGGGGGCUGAAGGACAUGGAGCUGGACACCUCCUCCAUCGAGAAGCGCUUCGCCUACGGCUUCCUGCAGCAGCUGCUCAAGUGGAUGGACAUCUCGCAGGAGUUCAUCGCCCACCUGGAGGCGGUGGUGAGCAGCGGGCGGGUGGAGAAAUCCCCCCACGAGCAGGAGAUCAAGUUCUUC